UCGAUUCAGCGACGGAUGUGAAAUCAGCAACAGGCGAACUGCGACGACUAUAGCCGUGCCGAGCACUCAUCUCUUCUUCUCCGUUAAGAUCCUCUGACAUAGUUAUGAGAUCGUAGGAGAGAAUUUUGAAAAAGAUUGAAAGCGAAAAUCAAAAGAGUGAGGAGGAAUUAGAAAUGUUGGGGAGCCUAUGGAUUCCGAGGUUUCUUCUCAUCACUCUCGUCCUUAUUAGCUUCCGAGUUAACUCUCAAUGCGAAUUCAGUUUCACCGGACGCAACAAGGUCUUUAAUUUCAAUCUAGCUUCUUCGAUUCGAAAUUUCCCUCACGGUGUCCUCAGCGAAGAUGGGUUUUAUAAAGUGGAAGCGAACAGUACUGUGCUAUGGUUUCAGCUUUGUGACGUGUUGAUUUUCAACCACGAUCCCCCUCGAUGUGUUGGUUGCGAAAAUUGCGGAGGUCCAUCACACUGUGGAACAUCAUGUAGUGCACUUGUGUCAGAAAAUCUCAGAGGGUAUGAUGUAUGCUCUUCUCUAGGGAAUAGUUCAAGCACAAAAGUUGAUAUUAUUGAUAAAGAGGAUCCUGGUAAAGGCGUCAUUGUUAAGAUGUCAAAUGGAAAUAGGAACCAAAAUUGCUCGCUUUCAGUUUCUGUUAUUUGCCAGAAAAAUAAAGUUGAUGGACCACUCACUCUGGUGAAAUCUGGUACCUGUCACUAUGCAACACAGCUGCGACAUCCCUCCGGUUGUGUAGCAGCUAUAUCCGGCCAUAGUAGUGGAUGGGGCUGGUUUAGUACUUUACUAAUCAUUAUCUUGUGCCUGUUUGGAGCUUAUCUGGUGGCUGGUGCAAUGUAUCGGUAUUUCUCCCUUGGAGUUCGUGGCAUAGAUGUAAUCCCGAAUGUGGAUUUCUGGGCCACUGUACCUCACAGAACACAAAGCUGUUUUGGUUCAAUAUUUUCGAGAUUCGGGGGGUCUAGUCGUGGUCAACGAACCUCAUAUUCUCAGGUCAACUUCUGAGCAGUCGCAGCAUCCUCUCUGAUCCAUGGUCUGGAGACAAUUUCCCAACCUUGCCUUGACUCAAUCGACCAAUUGCAGACGCCGCUUGAUUAUGAUACCCUGAGUACUCUUUUGGCCAUUAUAUGACUGCAAGUUAUAAGGUGCCUCUCCUUUAAAUCUUGUUAUGUCAUAUAUCCCGUUAAAACAAAAGAAUCUUGUUCAUUGGAUAGAAGCAAUGACUAUUUUUGGGGCUUUUACCAUUUUCAGUAUUUGCUCUUGGAAACUGUUGUCGUGGUUUCUUGACGCUGGUUUUGAAGUAAUGUUAAUCGCUGUAUUUGAUGUUUUAGACAAUUUAUUUCGAAAAUAGUCUUGCAUACUAUGUAGUAUAGUGUUUCUUUUU